UCCUUUUUGUGGAUUUACCUUCUUAGUGGCACAUUUUUUCAUGUGUUUGGUUAAACAACUAAAUUAAUUUGUUUGUGGAUUAAUCCAAAUUCAAUUAACAGUGAAUUUGUCAAUUUGUUUAUUACAGUGCUUUCUUAUAAAUUUUAGUUUUAUUGUAAUUUAAAAAGAAAAAUGGUGGUUUCUAAAGUUACAAAGGAUGCACUCUAUGAAGGAGUUAAUUCGGUGCUCCUUGAGUCCAAAAGGAACAAGAGAAGAUUCUUAGAAACAGUGGAAUUACAAAUUGGAUUGAAGAAUUAUGACCCCCAGAAGGACAAGCGUUUCUCCGGUACCGUUAAGAUGAAGCACAUACCCAGACCCCGAUUCCGAGUUUGUGUUCUCGGAGAUCAGCAGCAUUGUGAUGAAGCCGCUGCCAAUGGUUUGGACGCCAAGAAUGCUGAAGACUUGAAGAAACUUAACAAAAACAAGAAGCUCGUCAAGAAAUUGGCGAAAAGCUAUGACGCUUUCUUAGCCUCAGAAUCUUUGAUCAAGCAGAUUCCUCGUUUAUUAGGUCCUGGUCUUAACAAAGCCGGUAAAUUCCCCACUCUAUUGACUCACAAUGAGAAUAUGAUGUCAAAGGUUGACGAGGUGAAAGCAACUAUUAAGUUUCAGAUGAAAAAGGUUCUGUGUUUGGCUGUUGCAGUUGGACACGUUAAUAUGACGCCGGAUGAGUUGGCUCAAAAUGUUAAUCUAGCCAUUAAUUUCUUGGUAUCUCUGCUAAAGAAGAACUGGCAGAAUAUUAAAAGUCUGCAUAUUAAAUCCUCCAUGGGACCUCCCAUCAGACUUUACUAAUUAGAAUGCAUUCUAUUAUUAAGGUUUGUUUCGAACUGUUGUCAGAAAGUAGAUUUACUUUUUUCGCAACACAAACAUCAACGUCAACACAUUGUUUUGCUUUUCGACCGACCUGAAUAAAGCUCUGUUUAAUAGACAA